AGACACUGCUUGUAAACAAAUAGCGCAGAAUGUCGGGGUUUCUGAAAAUUGAUGUUCUAGUCGUUUUUUUCCCAGUCGUUUUCAGUAAAGAUCUUCAAGGUUUUCAGCUUUGAAGAUCAUUUGAUUUGAGUAGUUUUGGGAUGCCUAAACCAACAACUGAAAAGAUAAACGUUCCUCCCCCAGGGCGGUGGAUAUGGAACGAUGAUAUGAAUGGCCUCGAAUUCACCUGUAGUUUAAACUCUGCUGAUGAUGCCAAAGAAAAAAGGAAGAUGGGACCUCUGCAUGAACAAGUCAAAAAGCGCCUAGAGAGGUCUGCGCAGAUCACGUCGUCGUCCAGUAGAGGGCGUCGGAAGACUUUAGUAUCAACUGCAUUCGUCCCCAUGUUUUUGUCCUCUGUCAAGCGGUCCCAGAGGGAGCAGGUCACCAUGGAGCACGUUAAGCAGGUGGCCUUGAGUUUACUGCAAGAGAAUGAGGCCAUCCCCAUCCCACUCUGCUUUCUUUCUUUGAUGAAGUGCAGGGAGCUUAAUGCAUUUUUGGCUGCUUUGCUACUUUACCUGUCCUGCUAUUUUGAGAAGAUAUCUCUGGAAAGGAAGCCAAAGCCGCUAAUGGCUGAACCCAGCGUCACAGAGAAACAGGUGAUGGCAGAGACUUGUGCAAAGGUCGACUUGGCCCAAAAACAGCUGGCCCUUUGCUACUCCACACUCAUCUUAGGGCUGGGGCUGUCCCAGCAGCACCAUAUGUCAUGUGGAAGGAGCAAAGUGUCGUGGACGCACAGAGACAGGCAGCUUUAUGAGUGUCUGUACAGCUUUUUGUGCUACGCGGCGUGGGUGACAUUCGGCAGGAAGGACCUGAAGGGGAUUCAAGAGGAAGUAGGCCGACUUCUGCGCUCCGACACGUUCAACCCCACGCUGAACGGCAAGGAGUCGGAGAGGAGCGAGAACCAGGAGGAGAGCAAGGCCAACCCCAAAGAGCCCAGCCCAGUGACGACUGAGAGGAAGAAGUCGGAGCGACGCCCAGCUCUGUGCAAGAUCGUGACCCAGCGCUCUCCGGUCAUGGUGUCCCUGCUGCCCUUUCCCCGGGAGGAGGCCCCUCACCUGUUCCAGAGGUCCCACCCUCGUGAGCGGUCCACUGCCAAGCUCUGCAACACUGAGGAGCUGAUGGAGCAACUUAGCGAACAGCUGGCCUCCUUCAGAUUUGGCAUUCUGGGAAAACCCCUCAAAGAGUUCAGCCGCACCACACUAAUGCCCCGGUGGUCAGAACAUUAUGACGACAACGACGACAACGACGACGAUGACGAUGACAAUGAUGACAACUCGUCUGUCCACAUGCAGGCAAAGAACCCUUCCUUCAUGACUAGUCGCAUGUCCAUAGCUGAGGAAAAGCCUGGGACCCAGAGCCGAGCCAACACUGUGAACUCACACGCCACCACUGAGGGACAGUCUUCAGUCACUGAGUAAUGUGUGUGUGUGUGUGUGUGUGUCAGUCAGAGAGAGAGAGAGAGAGAGAUUUAUAUUAUUUGUGCUAAUCCAGAAAUAAAAAUUUUGCAGUGACCA